AUGGCGCUCGGCGCGGACGCGCGCGGCGACGGGCGCGCGCGUGGGACGACCGACGACGUCGAACGGAACCCCGCGCGGGGGCGCGGCGACGGGGGGGCGUCGAGCGCGCGCGGGGCGUACGCGGCGGCGAUGGAGGCGCUCGCGCGAUGGGACUUUGGUAUGGGGUGGGAGCGCGCGGCGGCGCGGUUUCGAGGCGUCGCGGACGCCGCGCGAGAGGCUCGGGACGCGCACUUGGAGUGCGAGGCGACGCUCAUCGCGGCGGAGAUCGAGGCGAACUCGGUGCGGCGGUUGUUUUCGGUCACGGAGGCGGCGGUGGCGCGUUCGAGCGUCGAUGCGGCGGCGUUCGAGCGCAUGACGCGUCUUCCGCUGCGGUUGGCGCUCGAACUCGGGGAUGCGAUUUCCGAAACGCGCGCGCACUUGGUCGUCGGCGAUUACCACGCGCUCGUCGGGAACUCUCUCUUGGCGAACGUCGAGGCCGCGAUGGAACACUACGGAUUCGCGCGGGAGCUCGCUCGAAGCGCUAAGCUCUUGCCGUUGGAGAUCGAGGCGUUCCGUCGCAUGCGUUGGACGAUGAGCAUGAAGGGUGACAUCGACGCCGCGGUGACGCUUUCGCGUGAGAUCUUACGCCUCGCGCGAGCGUACGAGAUCAAACGAAAGCGAGGUGAGCGUCGCGCGAGGAAGCUGAAAGAAAACUGGUACUCUGAAAAUUGGUACUUUGGAGGUCACGAGAAUCAAGAGUUGUACGCGCUCAAGGAGCUCGCGUGCGCGCUUCGAGGAGAGAGAUGCAUGCUUUCACGUCCGAAGACGUUGAGCAAGUAUCAAGACGACGCGGUGAAGACGUUUAAAGAUGCGAUCGAGACGCUCGAAGAGCACUGGGGUGAGGUGAAACAGUCGUUCGAGACUGACCCGCAGGGGGCGGUUCUCAUGCUCAGUCUUUUGGCGCACCUCGGAGACAUCUACGACAACGAUUUGGAUCACACGCAGGCGAAUCACGAAGCGGCAGUCGGGUACAGGACAAAGUACGAAGCGCUGGGCAAGAACGUUUUGGGUCCGCACGUCACGUGCAAACUGUGCGACAAACCGGUCGGAGGUCUCUCCGUGGAGGACGCGCGCGUUCGCAUGACGCACGCGUGGGACGCGAGCCAUUUCGAACACCAUUUUCAUUCGAAGUGCUACGACGGCUUUUUCGAGAAGAGCAACACGUUGGCGUGUCCGUGCUCAUUUUCAUCACCGUGA